AUGGCGACUACAACCACAACAGAGGCCAUUUCUCUGGAGCACGAAGCGUUCACCGUCCUGCCCGAUCUACAGCAACAGCAACAGCAAAAUCAGCUACCACCUACGGCAGCCUCGGCACGAACAAUUGAGCCUCUCAACGUCGAAUCCACCACAGAGACGGAGCCCAACUACCCAACAGGCACCAAAUUUUGGUUCACCAUUAUCGCACUGUGCGUGAUCCUUAUCCUCGGUGGCCUAGACGCCAACAUCGUCGCUACAGCCGUGCCGAGCAUCACUAACCACUUCCACACUGUCGCCGACGUAGGAUGGUACUCGUCUGCAUUUCGACUCUGCACCUGCGCGUUCCAAUUCGGGUUCGCGAAGCUGUAUACGCUCUUCUCAAUCAAAGCCAUUUUUUUGAUGAGCAAUGUUAUAUUCCUCGUCGGCUCUUUACUCUGUGCCACAGCUGCGUCGUCGACUAUGUUUAUUUUAGGGAGAGCUGUAACGGGUGUGGGAUUCGCGGAAUCGCUUGCGAUCAUUGCAGCGCCUAUAGUAGGUGGUGCAUUAACGCAGUCCUUGGGGUGGAGAUGGUGUUUUUGGAUCAACCUUCCUAUUGGCGCUGUAUCGCUGGCGACCAUGCUUUUUCUCUUCUCAGACCCAAGAACUCGCCAAGAGGACGACCUCACAGUGACUCAGAAGAUCAGAGAGCUCGACCUCGUCAGCAACUGCUUGUUUAUCCCGUCCCUAACAGCGCUCUUCGUCGCGCUGUCUUGGGCGGGAACAAAGUAUCCCUGGUCUGAUGGGAAAGUGAUUGGAUUGUUUGUUGUAUUUGCUGUGCUACUCGCCGCCUUCGUCUUCAAUCAAUACCGACGCGGAGAUUCGGCAGUUCUCCCUUUCCGCGUUAUCAAAAGCCGAAGUGUCAUCGCGGGCUUUAUCUUCACGACGUGCACCAAUUCGAUGACGAACGUCUUGGAAUGGUACUUACCAACAUACUAUCAAGUCGUUCGAUCCCAAAGCCCAAGUGAGAGCGGCUACCUGAUGAUCCCCAUCCUUGUUGGAAUGAUGCUCGGGCUCUUUCUUCAAGGCAUCGGCACCACCACGUUCGGCUACUACGCCCCCUUUAUGAUCUUCGCCUCCAUAUGCAUGCCAAUUGCCGCGGGCUUGAUGACGACAUAUGAUCUCGACACAUCCCUAGCCCAGAUCAUCCUCUAUUCCGGAUUCGCAGGCUUUAGUGGAGGCAUCGGCUUCCAAGGCUCCCAAGCGGCUGUUCAGACAACAUUAAGUGCCGCAGAUGUCAAUCUUGGGAUCGGGGUUAUCUUGUUCGGGCAGAGUAUGGGUCCGGCGGUGUUUAUCGCUAUUGCGCAGGUUAUAUUCACGAAUCAGUUGUCGUCGGGUUUGGAAGAUAUUAUACCGGGGUUGACACCUGCAUAUAUUGAAGAGCACGGACUUGGCGAUAUUAAGAAUGGGGUUCCCAUGCAGCAGUUGGAUAAGGUCUUGGGUGGUAUCAAUCGAAGCCUGACUCAUACUUGGUACCUUACUGUUGUGUUGGCCUGCACGACGAUUGUGGGAAGUCUCUUGGUCGAAUGGCGCUCGGUUAAGCAGAAGCAGUCAUGA